UGAACAAUUUGUUAAAAUCAUCAGGUACGAAUGGUUGACUCGUAUUCUGAAAGUUUCAUUUCUGUCCUUGAGUUCUAAAAAGACGCGUCUCCAAAGAAAGAAGCUAAUCAUUUAAUUAAAACUGAUAUCAUUAUGGAUUAUUCAAAAAUACUCUGUUCAAUUACUGCGCUAAUCUUCCUGCAGUUCGGUCAAGUACAUCUUCUUCAAUGUAUAACAUGUGAUCCAUCGCAAGACAACUGCCACCACGAGAUAGAAGAAUGUACCACGGCACUCGUAGAACGAUCCCAUUCGGAUAUGAAAGAAGCUAAUCCGUCUCUACCGGAACUAUCACCUUAUACUACCGGAAAGCCUGAAUUCAAAUGUGUCGUUGUGGAGGCUCUCGAGGAAGAUAGAAAGAAGCACGCACUAGCACAUACCUGUACCUUUAAGAGCACCAACUUCUGCGAGGGCUGGGUUCCCGCGAUAAAGAUCCUCGGCUGUCGACAGUGUGACACGGAUCUGUGCAACUUUGGAAAACCCGGAGCUCCGGUACUUCCGGUUGAUGAAGGCAAGGGCCUUCAAGGUGGAGCCAGUGGAUUCGUUCCGAUGUUUGGUGCUCUAUGGAUGGGAGUUUUAAUAGUUGUGAAGGGAUUCUUGAUUUAAUUUUUUUUUUUGGAGAGCAGAAACUUUCUUAUGAAAAGUCAUUAAUGCAACAAGUUGCCAAAAAUGACUUUAUUCCAGAUAAGUCGUUUAUUUAACCAACAAAGCUUGCCAAGUGAUUACUGGAAGUAAUGGUUUUAACUUUUUACUUCAAAACAAAAACAGUGUCAAAAAGAAUCUAUUUCUAUUACUGUAUUGAAAAAAAUUUUU